AUGUUCGCUUCCACUCCCCAAUGGAUGGACACCCGAACUUUCCGUGCCGAUGCGGCCAUCUUCUCGUCCGGUCCUCGAUCCAAAUGUGGACAAAAGCCACCAGAGGAUCUGGAGACGAACUUUGUGGAUAUUGCAAACUACAACGUAGCAAUUCCGCAUUUAUUUUCCGAGCCUCCGUCAGAGUGGAAGCCAUCACAGGUGCCAUCCAUUCCCAAUUAG